AUGGCAUUUUACAGGGUGCUCUCGACCCUUGCCUUCCUCGUCUCCUGUGUUCUGUGCCAGGACGAGAAUCUCGGUCUCGGAAAUGGCUACAUCACCCUCAACACCACCAAUUUCAAUGCCCAGAUCGUCCGCGAUGCCCAGGUCCUCGUAUCCCUGGCGCCCGCCGGCGAGACUUUUGACUUCCUCCCCUUUGAUCUGAUAUCCGUCCGCGCGGGCAAUGGCCAGUAUCACUGGGGCGAUAUCACCUACCGGUAUCGUGAAGAAGGGAGCACCGACUGGAUGGACGUCGAUUCAUCCACGAUGCGUCAAACUGUCAUCCCCAUUGCGACUGACGCACUAGCUGCAUCAGACCUGUCACCAACGCUUCCUACAGGGCCCCUGAACGUAAUCCGAGAAUGGCUCGACAUCUCAGGGGACCUAGGGCUUCGUUUCAACGUCACAAACACCGGCGAGGGUCCCGUAGAGAUCGGCAGCCUAGGAUUUCCUGCCGAGUUCAACAGCAUUUUCACCAACCGCGCCGCCGUUGACAUACAGCGCUUGCGUUCGCUAUCAGACCCGUACAUCGGCAUGGACGCCGGCUACAUCCGAGCCAAUCCCGUGCGAGGAACCGGCGCAGCCCUCGUCGUGACGCCCCUUAACGGCACACCACUGGAAGCCUAUUGCAAACUCGUGGAGCCCUCCUAUCCAGACACGAACUACGGCAGCCAGACGUUCGAGGGCUUCUACGAGUGGCAAGUCCUGACCAAGGCCUGGGCCGAGAACGAGUGGGCGAACACGCAGCCGUGGAAUAAGCCCUCGUCGAGAACAUUACAGCCGGGUGAGACGUUGCAGUUCGGCGUGCGGUUCUCGGUUGCGAAGGAUGGUGUUCGCGGCAUCGAUGUUGCGAUCAGGGGAACUGGUACCCCGGUGGCGAUGGGCGUGCCGGGAUAUAUCAUACCCAGGGACUCACCCUCGCAGCUCUUCAUCCAGACUUCCUCGAACGUGAGCUCCAUGACCAGUAAGCCCGCCGACUCCUUAAUAAUCGAGGAGAUAUCCGCCGGCUCUUACAGCAUUACGCCUUCCUCUAGCGCAUGGGGUCGCACGCGGCUUACCAUCGAGUACGAAGAUGGGAAGGUCCAGACGAUCCACUACCACGUCACCAAGCCCGGUACAGAAGUCCUAGCCGACCUCGGCCGCUUCCUGACGACGGAGCAGUGGUUCAACGAGACGUCCGACCCGUUCGGCCGCGCCCCUUCGGUCAUGACAUACGACUACGAGGCCCGCUCGAUCGUGACGCAGGACCCGCGCGUCUGGAUCGCGGGGCUCAGCGACGAAGGGGGCGUGGGCGCGUACCUGGCCGCCGUGACAAAGCAGGCGAUCCAGCCGGAUGCUGGGGAGGUCGCGAAGCUGGAGAUGUUCGUGGAUGAGGUGCUUUGGGGUACCGUCCAGACGGCGGACUUUGCUGUUCGCAAGAGCAUCUUUUUUUACGAGCCGGAUGCCGUUCCGGGGUAUGCGUACAACGAGGCCUUUGUCUGGAGUAGCUGGACGUCUUGGAAUGUCGACGCGGCGUAUGCGAUUGAUCGGGCGUAUGAUUAUGUGCAUGUUGCGGCGGCCUAUUGGUCCCUCUAUCGAGUUGCAAGGGCGUAUCCCGAGCUCGUGGGAAGUCGUACUUGGGAUUGGUAUUUGAAUCAGGCUUAUGGCACUAUUAUGCGUGCCAUGGAGUCGGAUGUUGGAUAUAACCGGGUUGGGCUGAUGGGCGAGACGAUCUUUGGAGAAGUCCUGGUGGAUCUUACGCGCGAGGGCCAGACUUCGCAGGCGGACAAUUUGACACAGGCAAUGAUGUCUCGAGCCGUUCAGUGGGACUCUGAAGAGGUCCCCUAUGGUAGCGAGAUGGCCUGGGAUUCGACGGGACAGGAGGGAGUCUAUUACUGGACAAAACACUUCGGGAUGACGACCACGGCAACCAAGACAGUGAACAGCGUACUGGGAUACAUGCCCACAAUCCCACACUGGGGCUGGAAUGGCAAUGCGCGCAGAUACUGGGACAACAUCUACGCAGGCAAGCUCCAAAGAAUAGAGCGCCAGAUCCACCACUACGGCUCCGGACUCAACGCCCUCGUGCUCCUCUCGGCAUUCCGCAGCGACCCCUCCGACACCUAUCUUCUACAAGCCGGCUACGGCGGCACCAGCGGGCCCCUAUCCAACAUCAACACCGACGGCUUCGCGGCAGCGUCGUUCCAUUCCUGGCCUGACACCUUAAAGUGGGACGGCUACAGUGGCGACUACGGGCCCGGGUUCCUGGGCAUGGUGCUGGGGUCCGGGACCUACGUUGCUGAGCACGCGACCUUUGGACUGGUGGCCUAUGGUGGUGUGCUGGAGUCCAACACCAAUGGCGGUGUCAGCGUCCCUGUUCAGGGGCCGGUGAGGCGCCGGGUCUUCGUUGGGCCUUUGGGCGUGCUGAUCACGAUCGAUGCUGGGAGUAUCCAGAGCUUUAGGUUUGAUGCUGAGGGGGCCGCGAUCUCGGUCACCUUGGCCCAGAUGGAGGGUGGUCCCGUGGCUGCGGCUGCUGUGAUGUGGGCUGAGACGAACUCGGAUUCUGUGGCUUAUGAUGUCUCGGCGCCUGGAGUCAGUCAGUCGCGUAUGGGCUGGCGGAUACCGCUCUCGUCUACCGAUGUAGUCGUUAUAUUGGACAGGGUCUAG